CUCGACUCUCUUCUCUUUGGGCCAUCUAGCUGAUCCGAUACGAGCCGAGCUCGAGCUCCAAGCCUCCAAGGUAAGCAGCUUUGUCCGCGCCGGUCUCGAACACCAACCCGAGCUCGCUCGAGCUCGGCUCAAGGCGGUGUCGUGCUGUAGCUUGGGCACCUGGGCACGCUCGGGCUCUGCUCAUUGGCACUUGACGGACCACCCCACCCCCACGCAGUCAUUCCGUCGAACACCUCGCCGGCACGGCGGCACCGCUGUCUUCUCCGCAUCCCCGCCGGCUGAUCCCCGGAGGAGAUGGAGAAGUUUUUCUCCUACACCUCUAACGCCCCACGGCGGGAUGAGAACGCCGGCAUCACCCUGCUCUCGGGCCCUCCGUGCUGCGGGAAGACCUCGCUCCUCUUCCAGUUCGCGGUGAACCGCACCGCGGAGAGCGGCCGCGGCGUGGUGUUCAUCUGCAGCAAGGGGAGGAUGGAGAACAACCCCCCUUUCUUGUCCCAGGGUGUUGACCCAUCGAUGAGCUUACUUCAGAGGAUACAAAUCAAAUACGUUGAAGAUGGUGACGAGAUCAGAAAGUACUUUGCUGCAUUUCACCUUCUUGACAACUUCCCCGCUGCAGUCAUUGUUGAUGAUUUUGCAGAUUUCUUCUCUGAAAGGAGCUGCCAACAAAGAUAUGGGACUACUAGGGCUCGAGAUCUUGCGAUGGUCCGCGUGUUAGCUUUGUGCCACAAUGCUAUUGGGCAUGCAAAUGCAAAGCUGGGAACCCUUGGUUCUUGCAAUCUAUUACUAUCUGAUGUACUGCAAGGUGAUACCCCAAGAUCGCUGUUCAUUUACAAAAGAUGGAUAAAUUCCAUAUAUGCAAUACGAGGUGACGGCACAGGAUCCUACAUACUUAAGAAUAUUGGCAGUUCAGAAAGCGAAUCCAAGAAAGCAAGAAAAGCUAAGUACUCAGUAGCGCUACAAUAUCUUGUUCUUGAAGAGAUCAGCAAUUAAGACUCCUCUCUCUUUUUUUAUUACACUUGAGUGCCCAAGACUGUGGAGAAGUUACCUAUCAGAGCAGCCAACAGCUAGUUUAGUAUUCAGAUUUCUACCAGUUGCACUUGGUGCAUAUGAGUUGGUUGUAAAUGAAAAUUUGCAUCCCUAGUUGAUAUUUGACUUUUACAUGUGCACCAACCAGCAACCUGGUUUAUGUUGUAUUGAACGACAGCAAGUAUGUUGUGCUGAGCGCUGACAGAUUUCCAAUGUCCUCAUCUUUCCGGAAGCUCAGGAACUGUUCUAGUUGCUGGGCUGGAUUGCUUACUAGUGCCUGACAACUACUUAACGAAGUAGCAAGGGAGCCUUUUAGGAACAUCCUUGGCACGAGCAAAGUGAUAACUGAGUAGUCAACUUCACCAUUUCUAUUCAGAUCAAUGUAUUGAGUUUCAGGUGUAUUUCUAUUAACUAUUUUAUUUGCCUUU